AUGGGCUACACAGCCAAGGCAACGAUACCUCUUAUCCCGCUGGCGAAGGAUUCCGUCCUUCUGCCCGGUGUCACUCUCCGCAUCUCAGUAUCCAACCGUGCCGACAUCCCUCUCCUCCUAUCAUCGGCCUUCCAACGGGCCACCAAGUCGAGAUCCGGCUCAGCUCAACUACCCGUCGGCUGCGUUCCUGUGAAUUCGCCGUUUCUCAGCCCCGAUGGCAAGGAACUGCUCGACAGCGCGGCAAAAGAGAGCAGCCGGGACUAUGACUAUGCCGACAUAGACCCAGGCAAGGCUAGAAAGAAGGAUUUAUAUGGAUACGGCACCCUGGCCAAGAUUGUGAGUGUCCAGGGGAGUCCCAAUGCGGAUCCGUAUCUACUGGUGGAAGGAAUCCAGAGAUUCAAGAUCGACAAGAUUAAACAUGAAAGACCAUAUUUUGAAGCCGAAGUUACAUUUUAUGAGGAUGAAGUGCCCGACCUUAACGACGGUGACCUUCGCGCCAGUUUCACCCGGCUCAAGCAACGAUCUCGUGAGCUUCUGACCCUGCUAAGGCUCUCAUCUCUCUUCCGCCCGGCAUCCAUGGCGCUGUCCCCUUUAAUUGUCCGCCGUUUCGAGCUGUUCAUCGCAAAGAAAGACCUCUCUCAAGCUGGCCAACUGGCCGAUUUCAUGACGGAUAUUGUGGAAGCAAGUUUUGAGGAGAAGCUUCGAAUUUUGAGCACACUGGAUUUACAUGAGAGACUAGAGCGCGUCCUUGCCUUGCUCAACAAGCAGAUCUCAGGCAUCAAUGGAAACAUCAAAGUCACCACAAUAACCUCAACAACCCUGCCAUCCAAUAUGGGUGUUGAUAUUUCCGACUUGAACCAAAAGCAGCGCGAAGCCCUAGCGAGGCGAGCAAUGUCUAGUCUCAACGGCAUGACGCCGCCCGGAAUGCCUGGUGCUAAUCGGGGUGGUGACGACGACGAGGAUAACGAAGUUAACGAAGUCGAUGAACUCAAGAAGAAGGUGGCCGAGGCUGGCUUGUCGCCUGAGGCUCAAAAGGUCGCGGAGCGCGAACUUAGACGACUGAAGAAGAUGAACCCGGCCAACGCUGAGUAUGGUGUGAUUCGCACUUACGUUGAGAAUUUGGCCGAGAUACCGUGGACAAAGGUCACCGAUGAUCAACUUGGCGCUGAUACCCUGAAACGGGCUCGUAAACAGCUUGAUGACGAUCAUUAUGGACUCGAGAAGAUCAAGAAGAGAUUGCUCGAAUACCUCGCGGUCUUGAAAUUGAAGCAGUCUGUCAACGCCGAUGUCGAUCAACAAAUUGCUCGUCUCACUAAGCAGCUUACUCCCACUCAAGAUGGGGAGGACAGGGAGGUCGAGCAGAUCCCAGACAAUGAGAAAGAUGCAGCCACUGCCAAGCUCCAUGUCCUCAAGUCGAAGCGCAUGGUGGACAAGUCUCCGAUUCUCUUGUUGGUUGGACCACCUGGUACAGGCAAGACCUCUCUCGCAAAGUCCGUUGCACUUUCUCUUGGUCGAAAGUUCCAUCGCAUCUCCCUGGGCGGUGUUAGGGAUGAAGCAGAAAUCAGAGGCCAUCGUCGGACGUAUGUGGCGGCUAUGCCAGGUCUGAUUGUUAGUGGCCUGAAGAAAGUCGGCGUGGCCAACCCAGUCUUCCUCCUUGACGAGAUCGACAAAGUGAGCACGAACAAUUUUCACGGUGACCCUUCAGCUGCCAUGCUUGAAGUUCUUGACCCAGAACAGAACCACAGCUUCAAUGACCACUACGUCAACAUUCCUAUCGACCUAAGCAAAGUCCUCUUCAUCGCCACGGCCAACUCUCUGGAUACCAUUCCGCCGCCUCUCCUCGACCGAAUGGAAACGAUUCGCCUGGCUGGCUACACGACAGUUGAGAAGCGUCACAUCGCCAAGCAACAUCUCAUACCCAAACAAAUCCGCACCAAUGGUCUCUCUGAAGGACAAGUCGUCAUUCCAGAUGAUGUCGUGGAUACCAUCAUCACAUCUUACACACGUGAAUCCGGAGUCCGCAACCUCGAGCGCGAAAUCGGAAGCGUGUGUCGCUACAAGGCAGUCCAGUACGCCGACGCCCGUGACGCAAAUGACACUUCGAAGUAUGACCCUGUUGUACGUGUCGAGGAACUUGAAGAAAUCCUCGGAAUAGAACGCUUCGAAGAAGAAAUCGCCGAGAAGCAAUCUCGUCCCGGUGUUGUGACCGGAUUGGUCGCCUAUUCGUCUGGUGGGCAAGGAAGCAUUCUCUUUAUCGAAGUCGCUGAUAUGCCCGGAAAGGGACGGGUGCAACUCACAGGCAAGCUGGGUGACGUGCUCAAAGAAUCCGUCGAAGUCGCACUUAGCUGGGUGAAAGCCCACAGCUACGAUUUGGGGUUGACGCACGACCGAGACGAAGACAUCAUGCAGAAACGGUCCAUCCACGUCCACUGUCCCGCCGGCGCGGUGCCCAAAGACGGCCCCAGUGCUGGAUUGGCGCACACCGUCGCGCUCAUCUCGCUGUUCUCCGGAAAGACUGUGCCCCCGACAAUCGCCAUGACGGGUGAAGUGAGUCUGCGGGGACGAGUCAUGCCCGUCGGAGGCAUCAAGGAGAAACUCAUCGGCGCCCACCGCGCCGGCGUCAAGACGGUCCUCUUACCCAAUGGGAACAAAAAGGAUGUCAAGGACGUGCCUGACGAGGUGAAGAAGGACUUGGAGAUUGUCCAUGUCAAACAUGUCUAUGAAGCUCUUCGCUACAUCUGGCCCGACUCGCAGUGGGCCUCGGAUCGACACUUUGCGGAAGUUGAGAGCAGAUUGUAA